AACUUGUUGCCAAUUCCGUUUCCGUCCACACACUAACGUGUGUGUAUCAGAGCUCAGCUCUCUUCCCUCCCUCCGGACCGGACCGGGCCAAGGCAAGGCAGUCACCGCCCGACCAUGGCCAGCUCCCCACAGAAAUCCCCUUCCACUCCCAAAUCCCCCGUCCCCAAAUCCCCCUCUUCCAGAAAAGACGAAUCAUUCCUGGGGAAACUCGGGGGGACUUUGGCCAGGAGGAAAAAAGCCAAAGAAGUGUCGGAGCUGCAGGAGGAAGGGAAGAAUGCCAUUAACCUGCCCCUCAGCCCCAUCGCCAUUGAGCUGGACCGAGAGGACACCGUAUUGGAGGAGAAUGAGGUACGAACCAUGCUGGAUCCAAACUCCAGGAAUGAUCCUAAGCUGCAAGAACUAAUCAAGGUUUUCAUCGACUGGAUCAAUGACGAGCUGGUGGAGGAGAGGAUCAUUGUGAAGGAUUUAGCUGAAGAUCUCUACGACGGUCAAGUCCUACAGAAGCUCUUUGAGAAGCUGGAGGGGGAGAAGUUAAACGUGGCCGAGGUGACGCAGUCGGAGAUCGCUCAGAAGCAGAAGCUUCAGACCGUGCUGGAGAAGAUCAACGAGACUCUCAAGCUGCCCCCGCGGAGCAUCAAGUGGACCGUGGAUGGUGUUCACAUGAAGAGCUUGGUGGCCAUACUGCACCUCCUGGUUGCCGUCUCUCAGUACUACAGGGCACCCAUCCGACUGCCCGACCACGUCUCUGUCCAGGUUGUGGUUGUCCAGAAGAGAGAGGGGAUUCUCCAGUCCCGGCACAUCCAAGAGGAAAUCACUGGGAAUGUCGAGGCUCUGUCAGGGCGACAUGAGCGAGAUGCCUUCGACACGCUCUUCGAUCAUGCUCCAGACAAGCUCAAUGUCGUCAAAAAGACGCUGAUCACGUUUGUGAAUAAACACCUGAACAAGUUGAAUCUGGAGGUGACUGAGCUGGAGACCCAGUUUGCCGACGGUGUCUAUCUAGUGUUACUCAUGGGGCUUGUGGAGGACUACUUCAUACCUCUACACAACUUCUUUCUCACCCCGGACAGCUUUGAACACAAGGUCCACAAUGUGUCUUUCGCCUUUGAACUCAUGCAAGACGGGGGAUUGGAGAAGCCCAAGCCUCGAUCAGAAGAUAUCGUGAACUGCGACUUGAAGUCCACACUCCGAGUCCUCUACAACCUGUUCACAAAAUACAGGAACGUGGAGUGAGACGGGGGAGCUGGUGCCCGGUGCCCUCACCGCCAGGGACCAGCGUGACUGGUAGCUCUGAAACCACCAGCCGUGCCAACAGGAGCCCCCAGGCCCUGGAGCCCAUCGCCGUCUCGCUGGAGCCCAUUGCCGUCUCGCUGGAACCCAUCAGUCAGUUGCGUUCCAAGCUUUCUGUCCUUCCAAGAUUUUUUUUUUUUUUUAAGAGUAUUUUCGAUAUAUGUAUAUAUCCAUAUAUAUAAAAAUAAGCACUUGAAUUACAAAGAGCAGAGGCUAUGGUGCUAGUACUUUGAUGAUAAAAUUGUGGCUUUCUCAUGUUAAUAUGGAAAAUCUACUCUGGAAAAAUGAAAACGCACUUUCCAAAUAUGUCAAGUUACAAAAGCCAAAGAGCUGGCACAGGUUUGAAGAGUGUAAUACAGUCACGGAGUAAGAUAGCACAGAAACAGGCCCUUCGGCCCAUCUUGUCCAUGUCACCAAGUUGGCAUUUUGGCCCUGUCCCAUUUGCCUGCAUUUGGCCCCAGAACCUUCCAAACCCUUCCUGGGUCUUUUGAAUGUCUUAAUUGUAUCAAUUUCCUCCGGCAGCUCAUUCCAGAUACAGGCUCCCUCUGAGUGAAAAAUUUGCCCCUGAGGUCCCUCUUAAAUCUCCCACCAUAAUCCAUGCCCUCCAGUUUUAAGAUGCUCUGGGGGAAAAUUUAUCCAAGCCCCUCAUGAUCGUGUACACCUCAAUAAAGUCACCCCUCAACCUCCUACAAAAAUCUGAACGUGUGCAGCUUCUCCCUAUAUCUCAAGCCCACAAAUCCAGAUUCUUUCCUGGUGAAUCUCUUCGGCACUUUUUGCUUCCUUUAGCCAGGCGACCAACACCACACACACGGACCUGUGUCACAAUGAACCCCCUAAACUUUCUAUGCUUCAGUAGAGUUGCAUGUUCAGAGUAUUUAUGUGCAGAACUGUACCAGUCAAGCAUUGAACACCAUAGGCCUUUUACUGCACAACAAACACAUUAGUUUGAAGGAUUAGAUGAAAUGAAGGUCCAGGAACUUCUUCCAGCAAAUACUGGGAAUGUUUCACCUGUGGGUGGGAGAGGAAUCAGGUGUAAAAUGUGUGCAAAACAUCAUGUAAAUGUGGGAUUCCCCCUGCAGCAUAAUCAAGGACGAGUCUCACCAUCAUCCCCCUUCUCCCAUCAGGCAAAAGAUACACGAGUGUGAAACUGCACACCUCCAGAUUCAGCGAUAGCUUCGUCCCAGCAACGGAACCAUCCUAUCACCAAUUAGAGAGCGGUCCUGAGCCACCAUCUAUCUCAUUGGAGACCCUAGGAUUAUCAUCUUGCACUAAACGUUAUUGCUUUUAUCCUGUAUCUGUACACUGUGGACGGCUGGAUUGUAAUCAUGUAUCGUCUUUCCGCUGACUGGAUAGCACGCAACAAAAGCUUUUCACUGUACCUCGCUACACGUGGCAAUAAACUAAACUAAAGAAAGAGAUUAUUCAAUUAUCUCCACCCUGAUAUCGAUUGUCACUGCCUACAAUCUCAUGAACGUUGGUAUGAACGGUGUGAACGUUGCAUUCUCCAAUUCCAAGAACUGCCCCACCCCCUCCCAGGCCCACUUCUCCCACCACCAUGUCACCCUGCUCCUUUUCCCACCUUCCCAUUCCCGAGUCCCAUAUUUGUCACAGGGCGUCAAAGAUUAAGGGGAGAAGGCAGGAGAAUGGGGUUAAGAGGGAUAUAUAGAUCAGCCAUGAUUGAAUGGUGGAGUAGACUCGAUGGGCCGAAUGGGCUAAUUCUGCUCAUAUGACUUAUGAGCUUAUAUUUCCCUUUUCCCUUACCUGAAGCCCUUUUGUCUCCUUUUCACCUCCAGCCUUUGUCACUUACUCCUCUCUUCUGCCAAUCACCCCCCUCCCUCCCUCACCUGUAUCCACUUUCCAGGAUUUGUCCCACCCCCAUCUCUCCUUUCCAGCUUCCUCCCCCUUACUCCAUGUCUGAGGAAGGAUCCUGACCUGAAACGUCAUCUACACAUUCCCUCCACAGAUGCUGCCUGACCCGCUGAGUUCCUCCAGCACUUUGUGUUUCGCUCAGGAUUCCAGCAUCUGCAGUUUCUUGUGUGCAACCUUCUUUUGUUUGUAUUGUAUCUGUUUAAAAAUAAAUGUUGUUGAGUGAAUAACCCGCAUUUGUGGGACCACGUCCGA